CACGGGACUUUUCAGCCCUGCGCAGGGACUGGCUCUUCCGCAGCCAUUUUCUGUCCAACCAAACGGCCGAACCGAGACGAGAACCAACCAGGGCUUCAUCGCAGAUGGACGGGGAUAGUUCAACCACAGAUGCCUCCCAGCUUGGCAUAGCAGGAGAAUAUAUCGCUGGUAGUCACUUUGUGCUCCAAGCUCAGGAUGAUGAAGGUGAUGAGGGACUCAUUGACCAUGAUGAUGGCAAUGGAAGCAAAGACAACUUAAGGGAACAAGACAUCUAUCUCCCCAUAGCCAACGUAGCCCGAAUCAUGAAGAACGCAAUCCCCCAAACUGGAAAAAUAGCCAAGGAUGCAAAGGAGUGUGUGCAGGAAUGCAUAAGUGAGUUUAUCAGCUUCAUCACUUCAGAAGCCAGCGAGAGGUGCCACCAGGAGAAACGCAAGACGAUAAACGGAGAAGACAUCCUGUUUGCAAUGUCAACGUUGGGUUUCGACAUGUAUGUGGAGCCUCUUAAGCUCUACCUGCAGAAGUUCAGAGAGGCUAUGAAAGGAGAAAAAGGCAUAAGCACUGUAACAGUAACCGAAGGCAUGGGAGAGGAACUUACCGAUGACUCUUUCACAAAUCCAUUACCUGCAGGGAUUAUAACAGCUGAUGGACAGCAACAAAAUGUGAUGGUGUACACCACCUCAUAUCAACAGAUCCCGGGUGUGCAACAACUACAGUUCUCCUGAAGUUGUGCUACAUUGUCACGUCCAGAAAUCAACACCUAAUCUUCACAAAUCAAACCUCCACACUUCCACACACAAGUGAAGGUUAUGAAUUAGUUGGGUCUGUUGUGGGGGAUCUUCUGUGGACCCAUUUUUGUGCUCUCAGAUGUCAAAGAGCUGGACUUCUAAGUUUCACUUUGUUUUUGUGUGUGGUCUGUGUGUGUCUGCGCACACAUUUUGAUUUUUAAAUGAACUAGUCUGUUGGGUGUUACUUUUGUUUUUUUCAUCACAUAUUUGUACUUUUUAUCUAUUUAAAAGGGUUGAGAUAAAAAGGGUGUUAAGCGCCUCUAUUAAAGCAAUAAAAAUAGAACAAAUGUGAACCUUCCAGCCACUGCAUGUCUAAUUUUAGUUUGAUGAAAUGUUAACUGUUAAAAUAAAAUGGGGUUGUGAUUUUU